GCUUUGACUUAUUUUUUUAUUAAUUUUUUCGGAAGAAUAAUUACAGAAGAAGCAACGAAGCUAAAGAUCUCAGAAGCUGUUUUUUUUCUUCUCUUCCGACCACAAUGUCUCCCAAGAGCACCUCUCCAUCUUCUUCCACGCCAUUUACUCCCCUUCUUUUUCUCGCUUAACUUACGUUAUUCCUUUGCUUUCGUUUUUAAAUGCACCAUAUUCCUCCCUCAGGUUUUAUUUCAGGCAAGUCUUUUUUUUUUUUUUUUUUUCUGUCUCUCGCUUUGUAAUAACAUUCGAAGUUGGUUUAAAUUGCCGAAAAGUGGGAAGGUGUUGUACUCUUUUCAAAUCUGAAGGUUGAAGAAAAUUGCUUUCGGUGCUGGAUUUUGUUGGGUUUUCUGUCUAGAUUUCCUCUUGUUGUGUUGUAAAUUUAAAUUUUAGCAGCUCCAAUGUGCUUUUCAAUCUUCCGAUUUCCAAAAUUUGGAGUCCCUAUUUUAGCUAACCUUUGGAGGGAAAACUUUCAUCCCUUGAACAGAAAUCAUGGUCAUAGUUGUUGGUAUGAUCAACUUUGUUUUAGGAUCUAUAACCUUGAAGGAGGACAGAACAAGAGAUGGACCAGAAAAUCUAUGACUACCAAAGCGGGGGGGAAAGCAAAGACCAACCCUAGCAGUAAACCCACCAAUAUUACGAAUGAAAUCUUGCAGGAAUCGAUGUCAGCAAGCUGUACAGUUAACGUUAAUAAGUCUGAGAAAAGUGGAACUCAGAAGCUUCAAUAUUGUGAUAUUCAACCAACAAUUAUUAAGAGCAAGGAAUUCAUUCACCCGGUGACAGUUAUAACCUUUGACAUUGAAACGACAGGUUUUAGUAGAAACCUCGAUAGAAUAGUGGAAAUUGCAUUUCAAGAUCUUUCAGGAGGAGAAAAUAGCACCUUUCAAACAUUAAUAGAUCCGCAGUGCUAUAUUACAAAUUCAAGUAUACAUGGCAUUACAAACAAUAUGGUCGCUAGUUGCGGUGUUCCAAGGAUGCAGGAACUUAUUCCAAUUAUAUUACAAUUUGUCAAAAGCCGUCAGAAACCCGGUGGUUAUGUAUUAUUGGUAGCUCAUAAUGCUCGUACCUUCGACGUACCCUUUUUACUCCACGAAUUCAGCCGUUACUCCAUUGAUAUUCCUCAAGAUUGGCUAUUUCUCGAUACUAUGACGUUAGCCCGUCAACUGAUGAAGUUAUCCGAUUCGAAGAUUACGAAAAUAUCAUUAGAAGCACUUUGUGAGUAUUACGGUAUAGAAGUGGACGGUGAAGCACAUCGAGCAUUGCCAGAUGUGAUAUCAUUGUCUUUGAUUCUUCAGAGGCUUACUUUCGACCUCAAGCUAGAUGUCUCGGAUCUCGUUGAAAGAGCUUUCACUCCUUUAGAUCUGAUUAAUAAGAAGAAAAAAUAGAGUGAUGAAGCUAUGUUUUUGUUGUAAUGUUCUUUACUAAUUGUUGCAACUUUCUAUUCAUUCUUAUUUGAAUAACUUUGGGUCAUUUUAUUUACGGUCAUCAGAUCCUUCUUGAUGUCCAUAUUCUCCAAAAACGGGUGAAUGAAUUGAAAUGUCAGGACAUAGUUGUUUACAAAGAAAUAUGAAAGGAAGAUCUUUGUUCUA